AUGGGGUUCUGCCUCUCACUUCCCUUCCCCUCCCCCUCCUCCACCGGAAUCCCCAUCGCCAUGCCCAAUCUCACCAUUCGCAACCUCAGCUCCAAGCCUGUGACCCUCAAGCGCGUUGAGCGCUUCGAGGGUGAGAGGGUUCGCACUGGCAAUGUCUUGGGCAAUACUGUUGGCACCAUCGGCUCCUUCUUUAAUGCGACGAACUUCAUUACCAAAGAGACGAUCACUAAAGGCGAGUCUCACACUACGGAGGACGUAGAAGUCCAUGUUGAUCCCUUCACUAUCAACGCCACGGAAAUACCUGCUCCAGAAGAUGGCGGCAAGGAGGUCAUCCGCCUCAUGUUCGAGAUCGAGGGCCACUUCUACGAGAUCGACGCUCCUAGCCCCUCCAACCGCUCCUCCGUCAUGAAGAAGCUCGACGAUGCGCCUCUCGAGCUGACGGCUGUCUAUGUGCCCUCCGGCGCAUUCCUCGCCAUCAUGUCCUCCGCAAACCUCCACGCCUGGAUGGCCGAGCUGCAGGACCACUAUCCCCUCCCUCUCCUCUCCAUCCCCGGCACGCACAACUCGCCUACAUGCCACACGGCUCUCCCCUCGGUGCGCUGCCAGGCCGUCGGCGUGCGCGAGCAGCUCGACAACGGCGUGCGAUUCCUCGACAUCCGCGUCUCGACCCCCCAAGACAGCGACGACCUUGCCCUCGUCCACUCCGCCUUCCCCAUCUCCCUGACGGGCAACAAGUACUUCGCCGACAUGCUCUCCGACAUCUACGCCUACCUCGACGCCAACCCCACCGAGACUGUCCUCAUGUCCCUCAAGCGCGAGGGCACCGGCAAGGGCACCGACGAGCACCUGAGCCGCUACAUGCGCGACCGCUACGUCAGCCGCGACGCCCACCGCUGGUUCGUCGAGCCGCGCAUCCCCACGCUCGGCGACUGCCGCGGCCGCAUCGUCCUGAUCCGCCGCUACUUCCUCGACGAGUCGCUGCACGGCGAACACGACGGCAGGGGAUGGGGCAUCGACGCCCAGCACUGGCCCGACAACUGCGAGGACGGCACCGUCGGCGGCGGCCUCAUCCGCGUGCAGGACUUUUACGAGAUCGACCAGUCGACCAACAUCGAGAGGAAGAUCGACUACUCGCGCGGCCAGCUGGAACGCGCCGCCGAGCAGUUCUUCCACCUCCCCGGCAUGCCCGAUUUCAACGCCGACGCUCCGCCGCUGCCGUUCUUCGUCAACUUCCUUAGCGCCAGUAACUUCUUCAACGCCACCUGCUGGCCGGAGCGUAUCGCGGCGAAGGUGAACCCGGCCGUCGUCGAGUACCUCUGUAUGAACCACGGCGAGCAGGGCAAGGGCCCUCAUCAGCUCAACGUCGGCGACGCCGCGACGGGUAUCAUUGUAACGGAUUGGGUUGGCGCCCACGGCGACUGGGACCUGAUCAGAUGUAUUGUUGGGAUGAACUCGCGGCUGCAGCUCAAGCAGUAG